UUGUAAUGAAAAUAUAAAUCUAUAGCAAUGUAUUAUCAUGAUGAUUACAUUUAUUGUUAGUAUUAGGAUGUAUUGAGCUGGACUCAAUAUGUUGAAGCUUGCUCUCCAUUUGGUGUGAAGGUCAUUCAUUGUUAUCAGCUUUUACCAAACUGGAACUUGCUUCAAAGAGGUUCUAAGAACUGGACACUUCCAGGUUCUAGGUUCUAACAACUGGACGAUUUCAGGUUCUAGCAACGAGACUGUGUAAGCUCUCCAGUACUUCAAAACCAGACAUAUGAUGCACCAUCUGUAAUGCAUUUAUAUUCGGACCUCACAAUUACAAAUUGCUAUGAUGAUUUACUAAUAACGAUUACUAAUGAACUUAAUGAUACUGGUUUAUUAAUUGACUCACUGAUAAUGAUUCCAGUUUCAGUUGUGGUCACCUUUCGUUUCAUGGUGUUAGUGUUUCCUGUGUACCUGCCUGCAUGCCUACCUUUGAGAGGGCGACCCAGGGGGAGGCUCAAGGUAUCAGAUAGCCAAUACGUUUUCCUCGACUGGUUACUGCGCAGCUGAACAAUAACCAGGCUGUUGAGGUGCCUAGGCUACGUCUUUAAUCUCAGCCUAGUGGGGAGCGGGACCCAGGGAGUAUCCAUUUUCCCUGGCCAGACCUCCACACAGAGACACUCUGUCUGCAUCACUCUUUUAAUUAGAGAGAUCACAUGCUGGGCUCUGCCAGGUGAACUGGGGUGGGUACGCCAACUUGUGGGGCGGCCAACCUGUCUUUCCUUUUCUCCUUUCCCCACUCUCGCUCUGCCUCUCUUUUCUCUCGCUCUGCCUCCUCUCGCUAUUCCUCACCUACCUCUCUACGCUUCUCCCCAUUUUUUUCAGCUUCUCUUUCCUUACUUUUCUACACUUCUUCUCUUCUCCUCACUCUCUCUCACUCCCCAUGUCUGCUCCUCCCCUAACACGCUCCAAAUCCUUUUUCUUUCCCUUCAUCUCCCCCUCUCUUCUCUGCUUACCCCCCCCCCCAUCAGUCUCUCACCCCUCCUCUUCUCAGGCUUUACUCAAGCUAAGGGGAUAAUUGAAAGAGAAACAUUAGACUGAUAUCACAAGAUGGAGAGAAGAUAAUCUAGCAGGGGUUAGAGGUUUGAGGAAGGGGGAGGGAAGGAGGAGAAUAAUGAAAUGUUUUCUUCUUACCUGAACCUCCCCUCGUCUUAAGGGUCUCCCGGGGUUAAAGGUAUAUAAAGGGGGUGGAUGCGAAAACAUUUUUUUCCCCUCAAAACAUCAGGUUACCAGUUCCUCGAGUGUAGCGCUCAGUCUGACUGUCGAGCAAGUGAGAGCGCUGUUCUUCCCAGUGUGUGUUUGAAAGAGGGAGCGAUUUCCCCUGAACUCUUUAGACUCAACAUGGACCCUCCAGACAGACGAUUGGCAGUGGGCCUCUUCAUCUUCUCAUUAAUCACCUUCUCUACUCAGAAAACCUCAACCUCCUGGUGUGUGGUGUCAGACGCUGAGGAACAGAAGUGUCUGGAUCUGGCCGGGAACGCCACAGCUCAGAAUAUCAGGGGAACCCUGUUGUGUGUCCGCGGCCAGAGUCCGACAGACUGCAUGGAGAAGAUCAAGAACGGAACGGCCGAUGCGGCUACCAUGUUUGCCGAUGAUAUCUACACAGCUGGCUUCUGCCACGGACUGCAAGUGGCUGCUGGAGAAUCUUACAAUGGAGUGGACGGCGUCAGCUACUAUGUGGUGGCUCUGGCCCGCCGCUCCUCCAGCGACCUGUCCCUGCUGGAGAUGCAUGAGCGCAGCUCCUGUCACCCAGGGAUCCGGACCACAGUUGGCUGGACGGUCCCCAUCGGCUUCCUAGUCAACAGCUCACAGAUUAGUGUCGGAGAACAAUGUAAUUUCCCCAAAGCGGUGGGGGAUUUCUUCGGCUACAGCUGUGUGCCGGGAGUGAAGGACAGAGAGCACGACCCCAAAGGCAACAACCCGAAGAACCUGUGUGAAGCCUGCAUCGGGGAUGAGAACGAGAGGCACAUAUGUGUGAACAACCACAGGGAGAGACAUUACGGAGAGGCCGGGGCUCUGAGGUGCGUGGCAGAGAACUUGGGCGAUGUGGCCUUUGUCAAACACACCACCCUUUUCGACAACAUAGAUGGUAGGAACAUGGAGUCGUGGGCCCUGGACCUGGAGCUGGAGGACCUGAAGCUGCUGUGCCCGGACGGGAGUGACGCUGGGCUGUUUGACCACGAGACGUGUCACCUGGCCGUGGUGCCAGCCAAUGCCGUGGUGGUGCGCAUGGAGGACAAGUGUCGAGUCUGGAAACACCUGGAGCGCCUGCAGAAUGCCUUUGGGAACACCACCAUGUUCAGCUCAAAGGGCUACACCCAAUCAGAUCUGCUCUUCUCUGACUCCACCCACCACCUGCUGAGGGUUGUGGGUAGUUACAUUUCCUGGUUGGGUCCUACAUACACUACGGUCCUGCAGGCCUUCGAGUGUGAGGGUUUGUGCUGAUCUAUCUGGAACGAAGUCAACCAGCAUCUUCUUCAUUCCUCCCCAUCUCUUCCUCUCCUCCCCUGUUUCCCUCCAUCUCUUUCUCUCCAUCUCUCCAUCUCCCCUUCUCCAUCUCUCCCUCUCUGUCUCUUUCCCUCCACCCGUGUGAUGAGAUGAUAGAUAUCCUGUAUUUAACUUUCCUCCCAGGCUUCUGCAUAAGUCACUGUUCCUACUAUAAUACAUAUCUAUGGCCUUGAAUCAUUGUCUGACAUUCUGUCUCUGUGUGCGUGUGGGUACCCUUUGUUUACUUGGUUCCCACGGUUGGCAUGGCAGACCACCAUGCUAGGCCUGCUGUCAUUCUACACCUGACUUGGAGGAAAUUACAGAUUUAAGUAGACACUGAGCUGAGGUCUGGUGGGUUUUUGAUCCCUAAUGGUUAAGGUUCCAGUAUGGGAAAGUAACCUGAUCCUAGACCUGUGCAACUUCUACCUAGAGCGGUAAACCGUGAUAUUCCGUAAAAAGCUUUGGGGUAACACUGACUCACACCCACAUUAAACCAGGUACUAAAACGUUUCUAUUGGAGACUGGUGAGCAGAUAAAUGUUGAUUUUAGACGUUUGUCCGAGUAGAUAAAACUUCUUUGUAUAAUUGCAAAACCCUCUAUUUAAAUAAAGUGUGUCCAGGGCAGUGUGGACGGGGAUGGGUGUGUAGUUAAGCUGAAAAAUGUGACCGCAGCGCUUGUGAGUUUGAAACCAUGUACAAACAAUGUUUUGACUCCUGUGGUUGUGAAUUUGAAUCCAUUUUAAUAAAACAAAGUUUUGCCUUUCCUAAAUCUUAAACCUUGCCUUAACCAUAUGGAAGGAAUACUUAACACUAACCUUAACCAGAAACAUAAUACAAUGUGCAGGGGCCAUUCUUUAAACCCCACCACUUUAGCCAUAGUGGGAGGAGUCAAACUGGGAGUUGCCAUGCUGGGAGGGGCCAGGUUGUUAGGAGCCAAACUGGGAGGGGCCAUAGUAGGAGGGCCCAUACUAAUCUUUACUGUUAGUUCCUUUCACAUCAAAAAUAGACAUUUGCUGUUAGUUCAAUCAUAGACAUUUGAGUCCCCUAAUAGACAAAUGCCUCAAGUGAGAAUGUGAGAUUGCAUUGACUGAUCUAGAAGGUGCUGACAUUUUGGAUUUUGUGAUGAUGUGUUUGAAGCCAACGAACCUGUGUUUUUACUGCAUUUCUUUACCAAUGCUGAAAGAAAAGUUUGCUCCCUUUUUCAUUAACUUCCUCUGGAGAAUGUUCUCUCUACUAAAACAGUUCUUCAUGACCUCAACAUUUUGGUUACAUUGUACCCAUAGAGAAAGUAAUUCUAUGGAGAUAUGUUGGUGCUUGUUUUUCAGUCUGUCUGAAUUAAAUUGUUCUUACAAGACCUGGGUGUAAAUAAUCUUCCCCUGCU